AUGGAAAGCACUUACUUCAUUCUGUUCUGCUCCAUUUUGAUGCUUUUCGCCUAUACAAAUUUGGCAAAUGCAAUUGAUACUAUAACUGUUAAUCAAACAAUUAGAGAUGAUGAUAACAGCACCAUCAUGUCGGCUAAAGAAACUUUUCAAAUGGUAUUCUUUAGCCCUGGUAAUUCAAAGAGUCGGUUUUUGGGCAUAUGGUACAAAAAUAUUGCCAAUCUGACUGUUGUCUGGGUUGCUAAUAGAGACACGCCACUUACUCAUACAUCAGGCAUGCUCAUGAUUGACGCUAAUGGAGUUUUAGUACUCAUUAAUGGUGACAAUAAAAUAAUUUGGUCAUCCAACUCAUCAAAUACUGUGAUGAGUCCUGUGGCACAAUUGUUAGAUACAGGAAAUCUUGUGAUCAGGUAUGCGAAUGACAGUAAUCCUGAAGAUUUCCUCUGGCAGAGUUUUGAUCACCUUGGCGAUACUAUUCUACCAGGCAUGAAGUUUGGCUGGGACUUGGUGAAACACGUAGAAAGGUAUCUCAUAUCCUGGAAAAGCCCGGAUGAUCCAUCUCCAGGCAAUUACACAUAUGGAGUCUAUCUAAAAGGAUAUUCACAGCGAGUUGUAUGGAAAGGUUCAGCUAUGAGAUUUAGGUUUGGACCAUGGAAUGGUGUUCAGUUUGGUGGCAAGUCUAAUUUGAUGCAGAAUAUGGUUUUCACAUAUGACGUUGUGUCUGACGAAAAGGAUUUGUAUUACAUGUUUAAACUUCUCAAUAGUUCUGCUGCGAUGAGAAUGAUCUUAAAUUCAGACGGAGAUCUAAAAAUUCUUACCUGGACUAACAAUAUGCAAGGUUGGGAUAACACUGUGACUCUACCAACAGAUAAAUGCGACGACUUUGAUUUAUGUGGGGCAUAUGGUAUUUGUAACAAUACUGAGAAAAAUUAUGGACGUGACAUCUGCGGGUGUUUGGAUGGGUUUGAGCCAAAAUUUUCAGAAAAAUGGAGGUUAGCAGAUCAUUCUAAUGGCUGUGUUCGCAAAUCUAAGUCGAUGUGUGGGAAUGAAGAUAGUUUUCAGAGUUACCCCAAUCUCAAAUUUCCAGACACUCGAAAUUCAUGGUUUGAUCGAAGUCUGACCCUAGAGGAAUGUGCAGCUAAGUGCUUGAAGAACUGUUCAUGCACAGCAUAUGGAAAUAUUGAUGUAAAAGAAGGUGGAAGUGGAUGCUUAUUGUGGUUCAAUGACCUGCUCGAUAUCAGAGAAUAUCUGGGAAAUGUUCAAGAUCUUUAUGUAAGAAGGGCUGCUGGAGAAUUAGGAAGAAGUACAAUUGGAAGAGCAAAGAAGCCGCUAUGGAUUAUUAUCAUUGCUGUAUUAGUCGUAACAGUAUUCCUAAGCCUCUUUAUAUCAACUGUGUAUCGAAAACGAACUCUGAGAGGAAAAGUAUUAGAGUGUGGUUUUGUUCCCCGUUUGUCAGGAAAACGUAGAUUUAACGUACAAGGUGAAUCAACACAUAAUAGUGAGAAGAAAGGUCUGGAACUACCGUUGUUUGACUUGGUAACAAUUGCUGAAGCAACCAACAAUUUAUCGGAAAACAAUAAGCUUGGAGAGGGCGGCUUUGGACCUGUUUACAUGAUACCAAGAUAG